AUGAAAGAGCUGGUCACUGUUGCCACCAAGAAGGCCCCAGGCCCCAGUCCCAUUCCUGCACCCACAGCUCUCCCACACCGUCGUCUUGCUCCACCUCCCUCACCAAUAACUCCAAAGGUUAUCUCGGCCCUCAAUGACCAAAGGAGCACAGAAUCCCACUGCUGCGCCCCGAAAAUCAUGUCCUUAUUCAGCAGCACGCUUUGCAUCCCCACAGAGAAAGUCAUCACCUGCGCGCCUGAAGCUGUCCACCGCCUGAGCUGCGAUACAGAUGGAGUGAUCAGCGUUCAGUCUGCCCUGUACGGACGAAUGGAUGGUGAGACCUGCAGUCAGGGAAAGCCUCCGAAUGAGAUUUCGAACACAGACUGCUCCCUGGUUGGCACUACCAGUGCUAUUAAGACAAGAUGUGACGGAAAAAAGGUGUGUGAGCUGAACAAAAAUGUUCUUGGAGAUGCUGAUCCCUGCAGAGGCACUGCAAAGUAUCUGCAGACCACAUACACCUGCUUCCCAGCAAUUCACCAAGUGAUAUGUGAGCAUUCUUUGGCCUACCUGCAUUGUGAUGAGGGGCAGAUUAUCUCUGUCUACGGGGCUGACUACGGACGGCGGGACCAGACCACAUGUGCUUUUGGUCGGCCGGCGUCUCAAAUCCAAAACACAGUGUGCUCAAAUCCCACACUGAAAGUAGGAGAGAGCUGCAAUGGGAAAAACAGCUGUAUUAUCAACGCGAGCAACUCUGUUUUUGGAGACCCCUGUGUGGGAACCUACAAGUACCUGGAGAUCCCGUGGCCAAUGAAGAUGGGUCCUUUUUCCUCAACAGAGAGAGCCAUAAGCUGUGAUGAUGACUCAAAUGUCCAUCGUUUAGGAUGUGAUACGGGGGUCAUCAGCGUGCAGUCAGCUCUGUAUGGACGGGCAGACCGUGAGACCUGCAGCGAGGGCAGGCCUCAGCAUCAACUGGAAAAUACACGGUGCUCCCAAGCAGGCACCUUGAAUUUAGUCAAGAACAGAUGUGAUGGCAAGAAGGUGUGUGAGUUCAGGACACAUGAUGUUCGGACAUCCGACCCCUGUUAUGGCAUCUUCAAGUACCUGGACACCAACUACACUUGCUUAGUAACAAUUCAGCACGUCGCAUGUGAGCACUCCUAUGCAAAUUUGUACUGUGAUGAAGGGCAGGUCAUAUUUGUCUAUGGUGCUGACUAUGGCCGCCGUGACCAGACCACGUGCUCUUACCAGCGACCACCCUCUCAGACUGAAAACGUGUACUGCUCACACCCGACUAAAAUAGUUGCUGAACGCUGUAAUGGAAAAAACAGGUGUACUUUCAGGGUGAGAAACUCUCUGUUUGGAGACCCCUGUGCUGGCACAUUCAAGUACCUGGAGGUGGCUUAUGUUUGUAACUGUAAGUAA